GGAGAAACUUGACUCUGAUCUGCAGACGAUGAUUGAUGACCUAGAAAAGAAACACUCAAAUAAGAUGGAACAGAAGAGAAAACAAUUGGUGGAAAAACAUGAAAGGGAAAUGGAUGACUUAGUAGCUGAACUCCAAGAAGCACAAUCGGAAGAAAAGAAAAGAGAGGAGUCUAAACUGAGAGCAUCCAGAGAGAAGCAGUCAGCAGUUGAAGAACUUGGUGAAGGGCUGGAAAAUGUACUUAAGGAAAGAAAACAAGAAUUGAAAGACGAACACAGAAAAGAAUUGGAAAAACUGAGGAAGGAACAUGAACGAGAAAUCAAGAAAAUCCGACAGGAGUAUGAAGAAAAAGAGAUUCAUGAAAAGAAAACGUUGGCCGAUAAGAUCGAGGCAGAGAAGAAGAAACUUAUAAAGGACAAUGACAAAGUAUUGGCAGGAACUAAGACGAGAAUUUGAAAAGAAGAAAGAAAAAUUACAUGGAAAACACGAAGAGCAGGAUAUGACUUUGAAAGAGAUGACUGAGUCAUUGGAUCAAAGAAGGAAAGAUCUGGAACGAGAAUUGAAAGAGCUAGAGAAAGAGGAAAAUGAACUUGAAAGGAGACAAGAAAAAUUGAGAGAAGAAAUGGACAAAUACGAACAAGAACAAGACGAUGCUUUCAGUAAGAGAGCCACCGAUGCCAACGCUAGAGAUCUUGAAAAAAUGCAGGCAGAAAGAAAAGAACUGCAGAAUGGCAUCAAAGAUGAAAAGAAAGAUUUUGACAAACUUAAAAAAGACAAAUCAAAGUUAGAAGCCGAGAUACGAAAAAUGAAGAGAACUCGAGAACAACAGGCUAAGAAAUUGAGCGAAAUGUCGCAGAGAUUGGAGAAUACAGAGAUCGAUAUGGUAAACAGUGCUGUUCCCAGGACGCCAAAAACUCCAGGAUUGCAAUUGGACGAACUGGAACCAUCAUCACCAGAACCAGAAGGAGAGGAACGUGAGAUGGUACAUCCUAGAGAUCUAUUCAAAUCUGAUGAUGAUGAUGAUGAGGAACACUUCACAGAUGAGGAGGAUGAAGAAGAAGAGGAGAAAAAACGACCUCGGAAGAAAGUAUCCGAAAAACCAAGACGCUCAAGUAAAAGAAGUUUGGCUGAUCUACCAGAAUACAGACAACGACACAUAAACCAACACCAACAAAACAGACGUGCAUGGAAAGACUAUGACUCCGAUGAAUCUGAAGACUACAGGGGAUUCAAUGCUAAGCUACAGGGACACUAUGGUGAUUUGAAGGUGAGACUAUCACUAGAAAACGAUGCCAUUGCCAGAGCCAAGGAGUUUUUAAGACGCCAAAAAACAUCACUAAAAAGACGUCAACUAGCCUUACAGGAAGCACGACAAGAAUUGAGGAGAGAUCUUACAGACCAGCAAAUCGAUGGCGCAACAGACUCGGCUUCUUUCUUAGAGGAUGUGCAGAUUAACCUGGAGAAGGAGGCACUGGAGCUUGACAAAGCCAUGGUUAAUAUGAGUACUGGACAUCGACUUGUCAGAGAAAAAGAACACAAAUUAAAAUUAUUAGAAGAAUCUUUAGCUGAUGUGGUAAGUAACACAACAUCACCAGAUUCUAUUUCACCUUCUAGAAAAUUGAUUAUCAAUAAUAAGUAUUUUCAUCACACAGAAACCACAAAGAAGUCUAGACUGACAGAGACAGAGGUGAUGGAGUUACUCAAAGAGUGCAAGGAGAAUGACAACUAUUCUCCUUUAGUGAGGGUUAUUGGGGAGGUGUUCUCCUGUACAGAAUCCCUUAGUACUAGUUUUCUGAAAACUGAGAAAUCAGAGGAGCUGGAAGAAAAAUUGGAUGAGGAUAAAGACAUUGACGAGUCUGCUCAAAAGUUAACUGUUGAACAGGAUGAAUCUGUGCAAAAUAACGUUACUGUUGACAUUGAAGCUGUGAGGCGCGUGUAUCGGGCUAUAUUUAUGCAAGGGAGUAGUAGAACAGAGAAUGCAUUGCUGAAUGCGCUCAUGUAUUUAUCUCCUACUGUAGAAAUAGAUUUACGUUACAAGAAACCGCUUACACUCGAUCCAAACUAUCUGAACUUGUUUCUGAUUGUAAUGGAGAACCCAAUGCUUCAAAGUCCUGAGUAUUUGGAGGUAGCCUUACCAUGUUUCUUUAAAGCCAUGAGUCUUCUGUCCAUACCAGCACAGUGCAGGUUAGCCAAGGUUUGGUCUAAGUAUCCCAUUGAUAAUCUGAAGAAGAAACUGGAAGUGUUGCAGCAGCUGAUUACUUUUAAGGUCAUAAGCGGCCAAUUUGGCGGAAUUGCUACAAGGACUCUCCAAGUGAGUGAAGAUGAUGCAAUAAUAAGUGCAACAAAAUGUAUGAAAAUUUUAUAUUAUUCUAGUAUACUGGCUGGAAUUGUUGAUAAACACAAUGAUACCAUCCAGCAUAGUCAUGAAGAUCCCCUCAAUGACCUCUUUGGUGCUAUUGGACAUGAACCGAAAGAAAGACGCACACCUAAGGAAGACCCGCUGGAGAAGGAACUAGGUGUGAAGGCCAUUGAUUCAUACAAACCUGCAAUGUCGCGAGAAGAUUUUUAUAAUGAUCCUCUGAAUGAACAGAUUGAAAUGGAUCGUGAUUUCACACACUAUAAGAGUGAUCUUGAUGAUCGGUUUUCAUUCCUGAACUAUCCAUUCAUUCUCACCCCAGCUACUAAGAAUAUUGGACUGUAUUAUGAUAACCGCAUACGCAUGUAUAACGAAAGGAGGAUGACUGUGUUGCACAGUCUCGUUCAAGGUCAACAGAUCAACCCUUACCUUAGGUUGAAAGUGCGACGUGAUCAUAUCAUAGACGAUGCACUUGUCCGACUAGAAAUGGUGGCGAUGGAAAACCCUGCUGAUUUAAAGAAACAAUUAUAUGUUGAAUUUGAGGGUGAACAAGGCGUUGAUGAAGGUGGAGUGUCAAAAGAAUUUUUUCAGUUGGUUGUAGAGGAAAUAUUCAAUCCUGAUAUUGGAAUGUUUCGAAAUGAUGAAGUCACUGGUGAUUAUUGGUUUAAUCCGAAUUCAUUUGAAAGUGAUGGUCAGUAUACAUUGAUUGGAAUUGUGCUGGGACUAGCCAUCUAUAAUAAUAUAAUAUUAGAUGUUCAUUUCCCUAUGGUAGUCUAUCGAAAACUACUGGGUAAGACAGGAAGUAUACAGGACAUGAAAGACUCUCACCCUGUUAUUUGCAGCAGUCUAAUGUCUCUAUUAGAAUAUGAAGGUGAUGUAGAAGAAACAUUUAUGCAAACAUUUGAAAUCAGUUUACAAGAUUUGUUUGGUGCUCCUGUGACUUAUGACCUUAAAGAGAAUGGCAGUUCUAUUCCUGUCACGAAUGAAAACAGAAAGGAGUUUGUUGACCUGUAUGCAGAUUAUGUUCUAAACAUAUCUAUUGAGAAGCAGUACAGGGCUUUUCUAAGAGGGUUCCAAAUGGUGACUGACGAAUCGCCUUUAAAACAGUGGUUCACCCCAGAAGAGAUAGAACUCUUAGUUUGUGGUAGUAAGCAUUUAGAUUUUAAUGCCUUAGAGGAAGCCACUGAAUAUGAUGGAGGAUUUACCAGGGAUAGUCCUAUCAUCAGGAAUUUUUGGGAAAUUGUGCAUAAUUUUGAUGAAGAGGACAAGAAGAGGUUGUUAAUGUUUACAACAGGCAGUGAUCGUGUACCUAUUGGGGGGCUGUCCAAACUGAAGUUGAUUAUUGCUAGGAAUGGUCCAGACUCUGAUAGAUUACCAACUUCUCACACUUGCUUCAAUGUACUACUAUUACCAGACUACAGCAGUAAAGAGAAGCUCAAUGAACGACUUCUCAAGGCAGUGUCUAACGCCAAAGGGUUUGGAAUGCUUUGAGUUUUUACAGUGCACAGACUCAAAGAAACUUAAAUAUAACUUGACAUGUGCCAGCUGAACAGUUAGUUGCCUGCAAAAACUUUGUGAAAAUACAAUAAUUAUACAAAUAGUUAUUUAACAUAGUAAUGGUAAUUAUAUUGCUGACAGAAGAAUGCGCUAGUAUUCAAUUUUCGUUUGGUAGAGAAAUGAAAUUAAUAUAAAUGCCUACUGAUUAUCUAUAUUUUAUGUUGAAUUGAGAGUACCGAUAGUUUUACUUGUCAUUGGGUGUACAUUCAAUAAUCCCAUGUUGCAUCAUAUCUAGACAGAAUAUUCCACUUUAAUUUCCUCAAAAAUCCUCUUCAGGAUACAUAUAUCCCUGAUGUCAGUUACAAUUUUCUUGCUGAGUCACAUUUUAAUCAAGUAUUUUUCUUAGUUUUGCUAUGACUUUCACCCACAGUUGUGUACAUCAUUCAUGUCUUGUUCAUUAAAACCCAAGCAUUGUCAGUUCUCCUUAUCUCCUUAUCAGGUACUGUAAAAACAUUAUUUUUCAGUUGUAUUGAACAAUGAGUUCUAUUGUAAUUUCACAUUUGUCACUUGCAUUUAAUUAGCAGAUAUCAGAAGUGAAUAAUUAAUGUGUUUACAGUAUAUAUCGAUAAUUACAUUUCAAAAACUGUGCUUUCACACCUAAUUUAGGUUAUGUGUGUAAUGCAGUUUGGGGUAUUCCUAAUUGGUGAUAUGGAAAAGCGUAUUUUCACAUGAUUGUAUCAUUGCAAGUUUAACUUCAAGUAAAAUGGAAAAAAAAAAAACACUACAGAAUGACCA